GGUCCAAACAAGAUGUUGGCUCUCCCGCCGGAGAAUUGUUCCUUUCAGUCCCUGACGAGCCGAGGGAGCCAGGCUCUAGACGGGAGCGGCGUGCUGCUUUUGAUUAUCUUGGGGAAAACUUCCUUGAACCUCUUCGUGCUAGGGAUGCGAAGAAAGAUGGUGUACCAGAGCUUUUUGGAAUACUUCUCCAUCUCGGUGGCAGUCAUCGACUUCACGCUUUUGGCGACUCUAUCCUUUAUCGCCUAUUUUGAGGAUUUUGCACUGUGGGACGUUAGAUUUACUAAAUACCACAUGUGCCUGUUCACUCAAAUUAUAUCUUUCACCUACGGCUUUUCCCAUUAUCCAGUCUUUCUGGUAGCAGGUCUGGAUUACUACGCGACUGUCUCGCGAACCUCCAGGCCUCCACCCGCGGGCCAAAAACUAUCUUACGCGGUUGCCGUGAUCCUGAUCUGGAUUUCGAUCUUCUUUUACACCUUGGAAGACCCGACCACCUAUUCGAGCUGGACUGCACGGGGAGAUGUUUAUUUUUACCAGUGCCCUUUCUACGUGAGCAGUCAAAGCUACCGGUUAUCUCUCGCCAUCCUACUGGUUCUGUUUUCGGUUCUCGUAGCGUGCUGGUCGGAAAUCGUCGCCCUGAUCCGCUCCACCAGGAUCGCUUCCUACAUGAACGAGACGGUCCUGUUCUUUCCGUCCGCCGCUGGCCACGCUCAGGCGGGGAUCUCGAGGAAGCAGCUCUCGACCAAGCUGACGAUCUGCUUUCUCGGAACCUGGGCCCCGUUCGUUUUCCUUCAGAUGCUCCUCCUCAUACUGGACGCCCGCGUCCCGGCGUAUAUCGAGAUGAACGUCCCCUGGUUGUACUUCAUCAACAGCUUCCUCAUCGCCGCGGCUUACUGGGUCCGCCGCCCCGAGCGUCGGCCAACGGAGACCGCGUUUUCCACGGAUCCUUUCGUCAGCUGGGAGUUCUGCUUCGUCCCAUUUACGGAGCCCGAGGGGCAGGCCGAAAAGCCUCUGUCCGUAAUAACUUGUUAAGGUGGCUCUGUCGAGAGCUGCCGCCCUAUCCCGGCCCAUCUCAGGUGGUCAGAGCACAAAACGCGUUCAUUUUUGAAGGACGGGCUGCCUUGUAAAGCAACAAACCGAGGCACUGGAAAUUCCGUUUCAAUUCAUUCGUUUUCCCAGGAAUUGCUUCUGCUGUCGGACCAAGGGAUUUUGAUAAUACUCCAUAAUCGUUAUGGUGUUAGGAGGCACUGAUACGACAUCCUGAGCGCUGGAGUAAGUAUAAUCCUGCAAAUCGAGCCCACAGUGGGGAGGGAAGGCAGGGAUUGAAUACCCAUUCUACGGAUGAGGAAACUGAAGCACAGAGAAGGUAAGGCGAAUUGCCCAAGGUCGUUCAGAAGGCAAGGAGUGGGGUUGUUAUUAAGGGCCGCGUCCGAAUGACCGUCUUUAUCUGCUCCAGUGCCGGGCCUACAGUGAGUGCUCCGUAGAGGUCAUUAUUCCUAUUGGAAAUACGAAGAUGGAGUUAUUCCUAGUGCCUUCAGUUGCUCCAGACUUGUAUGCAAAGCAUUUUAUUAGGAAAAAAUGUCUUCCAGCCUUGGAAUGUUUUGCAGUUUCCUAUUUCAGGAGGCAGAGAUAAGCGUAAGUGCUAUCUGCACAGACAAGAAGUUAGGUUGGCAGUUCGUGCCUCAAUUCUCUUGGUUGGUCUUGUUUUCCAUGACUUUCUUGCCACUGGUGAAUGCCCUGCUCCAGAGUGAAAUUUUGAAGCUGAAACAGGAAGUUAUUUGGCGAAUGUAAUUAUGAAAUAAAUCAGUUAUUCUGAACAAAAAUGUUCAAUUAGGUAAUGUGUUUCUCAUUUAGCAGGAC